AUGUUUUCUAUUGCAGUCUGGUUUUAUGUUCCAGACGAAGCGCGCGGAGCCAUGACUCUUGGACCAGCAAAGACGGUCGAGGAAUUUCGAGCACGCAUGUUGGUCGAGAAAAAGACGGUACUUAACCUCCUCGAGGCUUAUGCCGUCGCCCUCAAGCACUACCUUCGGGGAGAGUCCGGAAGCUACUAUGUCGAUCUAUACCACCUAAUAAAGUUCCUUCCUGCUUAUGCACUGCCAGAUGGUGUAGCGGUCGAGCACCUGCCCUGCAAGUGGGAGCGGCGUCGCGCUCGCAAAGAAACAAAGAUCCAACGAGCAGCAGAAUGGGCGGGUGGCACCAUUCCUCCGCCGGUUACAUCUUCCAGUAUUCAUAAAAGAGCAUCUUCGACAACCAAUGAGACAAAUGCGCCUGGGCCUGCGGGAAAUGGCGUCGUCUAUCUCGCACCUGCUCGUAAUCCACCCCCUUAUCACAUCUUCGACUUUUGGCCCAUGUCAAUCUUUGUUCGCAGCAUGCAGAUGAACGGCAAGACCCUCAAAGGACGUGCGGCUCUCCGUGAUCUAGCUCGUCACAGUCAAAGUGGCUCGCUACCUCUGGAGAUUACCCUCUACCUCAGCUCUUACAUAGCCUCCGUGCAGCGUCGUGGUGUGGAUGGCUUUGCUACAGGACAGAUGGCUCCCGCUCUUGGCCAGAUGGUAGAAGCCCUUACAGGACUCGAACGCAUUUUGCACUCGCCGAUCCCAUUCAGCUUCACCGUCCACAUCUGGUUUGUGUCACUGGUGUGGCUUUUCGCUUUACCGUUCCAAGUUCUCAAGCCGUUGGGUUGGUUGACAGUUCCGGGAGUUGCCUUGGCCUCAUUUGUGUACUGUGGGCUACUCAAGUGCUCGGAAGAGCUUGAAAAUCCCUUUGGAUACGACUACAACGACCUCAACCUGGAUCUCUUUACGCAUAACAUUGUGCGAAAGGAACUACAUGCACUCACAAGUGUCCCCAUGCCAGAUCCUAUGCAGUGGGCAUUCUCUGUCGACAACGACGCCGUAUUUGACCACGAAGGGAAUGCCAUUUAUAUGCCAAGCACCGGGAACGACAAAGGCAUCGCAGCUUCAGAAGAAUGGGUCAAACGUGGGGAAGCCGACAUUCGAGCUGCCCUUAGGACAAACUCUGACGAGAUUGAUCAUCAUUCACCACCACCACCCGUCGCUACGACAAUAACCAGUGUGCCACCCAGAGCUGUCCUCACUGGAGCCGUCGGUGCGCUGGCAGGAAUGCAAAUGUCGCCUGCAACAGAGGUAUCCACAAACGAUAUCCACGCCUUUGCAACUCCGGGGUCAUCCUCUAGCUAG